CAAAUAUUGUGAACUUCCUUAACUAUGUAUUUAUUUCCUUCUCCCCGGCCCUAUCACUUCAUGCUUGUUCCUUGAUCCAUUUCCUCCCCAUUACUUUAAAUAUAUAGUUUCUUGAUCAAUUAGCACAAAUAUAUUCACAACAAAGACCCUUUAAGUAUUUGAAAUAAAAGCUCAAGAUUCAUUUUAGUUCAUUCUUGAUAUUCUCUUUGCCAUGGAGAUGAAGGCUAGUUUCAUUUGCAUUUUCUUGUUUUUCCUCCUCAUUGCUCCUUGUUCUUCUUCAGGGAAAAUGGAUUUGUUAAACAUGGAUUCAGGGAUUUAUGAAAUUGAUUAUAGAGGUCCAGAGACUCAUACUUAUAUUCCUCCACCAAAAGGAUCAAGGGGAAAGCAUAACUUUCAUCAUCAAAACAUGUUAAAACAUCGCAAAUUCAAAGGCUUGAAAGCUAGUAAACCUGGAGAAAGUGGGAAGAAAAUUCGUGGAUGAAUUUGUAAGAAAUUUGAUGUGUUAGGGGGAGUUCUUUUGAAAUUUGGAUGAACAAUCAAGAAGUUUCGAUGAAGCAAAAGAGCGGAUAAGUUUUAAUUUUUUUCCUUUCAUAUAUGAGAUAUAUAAAGAGUAUCUGGAGAGGAAUAUAUGUAAUUACAUAUCAAAUGCAUUAGAAUGGGGUCCUUUUCUUUCAUUUAUAAUAUAUCUCGCAAAAUAUGUAUAAA